UCCCUCAGUCCUGCUGCCUGUCUUUUUAAAAGCUCCGGUCCAGCCCUCCCUCCUGCUGGCUUGCCGUGUGGUAAGGAGUUUCUUCCCCAGCAGCCCCUGACACAGGUGGGAAUGAGAGUCUGCUGCAGUCCCGUUAACGAGGGAAUCUGCCCGAGCUCUGCCUGCGUUUUGAGCAGCAAACCAGCUCCAGCCACCAAGACCGUUGCCUGCGCCGUCUUAGGCCAGCCCAUGCUGUCUGCCAGCCGCUUGUUGCGCUGCCUUGGGGACUGGGAACACACCCAGCCCCGGUCCCCAUCUGUUGCAGAGAUGCAGUGGCAGCAGCUUGGAGCGCAGCCGAACCCUAGAAAUUGCCUGUGCUGAAGGGGCUAGGAAACCCUUUCUCUGGUGGACCUUUCGAGUGAGGCAGCAGGAUUUGUCAGAGCUGGGAGUGCCGCCUGUCCCUGUCACUCGCAUCCUGCCACCCAGCAGCUUACAAGCCUGCACUGCUUAUUAGCAUCUGGAAGAGAAGACCUCCGGGACCCCGCGGGCUGAGACCUGAGCUCCUUCGCCAUGCCGCUCCUGGAUGGGGACCUAGAGACUUCUGAAAAGCAUUCCUCUCGAAAGGUGGACAGCCCCUUCGGCCCAGGAAGCCCCUCCAAAGGCUUCUUCUCCAGGGGCCCCCAGCCCCGGGCCUCCAGCCCUGUGUCUGCACCCGUGAGGCCCAAGACCAGCCCCGGCUCUCCCAAAACUGUCUUCCCGUUCUCCUACCAGGAGUCCCCACCGCGCUCCCCACGACGCAUGAGCUUCAGCGGGAUCUUCCGCUCCUCCUCCAAAGAGUCUUCCCCCAACUCCAACCCUGCUACCUCGCCCGGGGGCAUCAGGUUUUUCUCCCGCUCCAGAAAAACCUCCGGCCUCUCCUCCUCUCCGUCAACACCCACGCAAGUGACCAAGCAGCACACAUUUCCCCUCGAGUCCUAUAAGCAUGAGCCUGAACGGUUAGAGAAUCGCAUCUAUGCCUCCUCUUCCCCUCCGGACACAGGGCAGAGGUUCUGCCCGUCUUCCUUCCAGAGCCCGACCAGGCCUCCACUGGCAUCACCGACACACUAUGCUUCCUCCAAAGCCGCGGCGCUGGCGGCGGCCCCGGGACCCGCGGAAGCCGGCAUGCUGGAGAAGCUGGAGUUCGAGGACGAAGCAGUAGAAGACUCAGAAAGUGGUGUUUACAUGCGAUUCAUGAGGUCACACAAGUGUUAUGACAUCGUUCCAACCAGUUCAAAGCUUGUCGUCUUCGAUACUACAUUACAAGUUAAAAAGGCCUUCUUUGCCUUGGUAGCCAAUGGUGUCCGAGCAGCGCCCCUGUGGGAGAGUAAAAAGCAAAGUUUUGUAGGAAUGCUAACAAUUACAGAUUUCAUAAAUAUACUACACAGAUACUAUAAAUCACCUAUGGUACAGAUUUAUGAAUUAGAGGAACAUAAAAUUGAAACAUGGAGGGAGCUUUAUUUACAAGAAACAUUUAAGCCUUUAGUGAAUAUAUCUCCAGAUGCAAGCCUCUUCGAUGCUGUAUACUCCUUGAUCAAAAAUAAAAUCCACAGAUUGCCAGUUAUUGACCCUAUCAGUGGGAAUGCACUUUAUAUACUUACCCACAAAAGAAUCCUCAAGUUCCUCCAGCUCUUUAUGUGUGAUAUGCCAAAGCCUGCCUUCAUGAAGCAGAACCUGGAUGAGCUGGGAAUAGGAACGUACCACAACAUUGCCUUCAUACACCCAGACACUCCCAUCAUUAAAGCCUUGAACAUAUUUGUGGAGAGACGAAUAUCAGCUCUGCCUGUUGUGGAUGAGUCAGGAAAAGUUGUAGAUAUUUAUUCCAAAUUUGAUGUAAUUAAUCUUGCUGCUGAGAAAACAUACAAUAACCUAGAUAUCACAGUGACCCAGGCCCUUCAGCACCGUUCACAGUAUUUUGAAGGUGUUGUAAAGUGCAAUAAGCUGGAAAUACUGGAGACCAUUGUGGACAGAAUAGUGAGGGCGGAGGUCCAUCGGCUGGUGGUGGUGAAUGAAGCAGAUAGUAUCGUGGGUAUUAUUUCCCUGUCGGACAUUCUGCAAGCCCUGAUCCUCACACCGGCAGGUGCCAAACAGAAGGAGACGGAAACAGAAUGACCGCCAUGAAUGUAGACGCCCUCGUAGGAGAACUUGAACAAAGUUUCUGGGUCACGUUUUGCCUCUUGAACACUGGCUGCGAAUGGUCAAGAAUGUAUAUCAGGGUUUAAUGAUGGGUAUUUCUUCCAGUGAUGUUGAAAUUAAGCUUAAAAAAAAAGAAAGAUUUUAUGUGCUUGAAGAUUCAGGCUUGCAUUCAAAGACUGUUUUCAGACCUUUGUCUGAAGGAUUUUAAAUGCUGUAUGUCAUUAAAGUACACUGUGUCCUGAAGUUUUCAUUAUUUUUCAUUUCAAAGAAUUCACUGGUAAGGAACAGGUGAUGUGACAUAAGGUGAGUGCACGGCAUGUCCAGAUCACAGUGCCUUAUGUCCGAAUACAGCAAUACGUCACCGCCACAGCCGGGGCGCACACGUGUGGAGCAACACCGAGCUUGAAUGUGGGAGUCUUUGAACCUUUUACCAAAUCCGUUUGUUUUCAUUAGAUUUGUCAAAAACGUGUAAUUUGAAUAUAAAUAAUUAAAACUUUAAUGACACUUUUACACGUAAGUGUUUUGUUCUGGGCUACCGUGUAGACGAGGCUGCUUUACCACAGCUUUAUUUAUUUUUACUUUCAUGCAAUUUUUUACACAUCUUGGUGGGUAAACCACCACAUCCAUGAAUAAACUCUCGGUGAUUUUGAAA